CUUGAUAUUUCCGACAGCUCUUGAAGGCAGCAGUAGUUUCAUUGUGGCCCUGCAGAGCUGAACGCCAUCACAGACAGCGGCCACGACGAGCAGCGGGGCAGGGCGACCGUAGGGCCACCACAGCGGCUCCACAGGCUUCAUUACCGACACAUCCCUCCGUCAUAACGGUUAUGGAUUACACAGCUGUGGAUAAUUAGAAGCGUUGGAAACUGGGCCUCGGUUUUGGCGGCGCGCAAAGCAAUGUGGAGGAAAUAAAAAUCCUGAUACGCUGAAAACAAGAGAUUAUAGAUAAUGGGCUGUGUGCAAUGCAAGGAUAAGGAAGCAACCAAACUCACAGACGACCGAGACACCAGCAUCUCCCAGGGAGCCGCCUACCGAUAUGGGGCCGACCCCACGCCACAGCACUACCCCAGCUUCGGGGUCACCGCCAUCCCCAACUACAACAACUUCCACGCUCCCGUUGGACAGGGGAUGACCGUCUUCGGGGGGGUCAGCACUUCCUCUCAUACUGGAACCCUAAGGACUCGUGGUGGGACAGGAGUCACCCUCUUUGUGGCACUUUAUGACUACGAGGCGCGAACAGAAGACGACCUCAGCUUCAGGAAAGGAGAACGGUUCCAGAUUAUCAACAGCACUGAAGGGGACUGGUGGGACGCUCGCUCACUCACCACCGGUGGCAGCGGCUACAUUCCCAGUAAUUACGUGGCUCCAGUUGACUCCAUCCAGGCUGAGGACUGGUACUUUGGUAAACUGGGCCGUAAGGAUGCAGAGAGGCAGCUGCUGUCUACCGGCAACCCUCGAGGAACCUAUCUCAUCCGGGAGAGUGAAACCACAAAGGGGGCCUUCUCCUUGUCCAUACGGGACUGGGACGAGGUGAAAGGUGACCAUGUCAAGCAUUAUAAGAUCCGCAAGCUGGACAGUGGCGGCUACUACAUCACCACCAGGGCUCAGUUUGACACGCUGCAGCAGCUGGUUCAGCACUACUCAGACCGAGCCGCCGGGCUCUGCUGUCGCUUGGUGGUUCCCUGCCACAAAGGGAUGCCACGCCUCGCCGACCUGUCCGUUAAAACCAAAGAUGUGUGGGAGAUCCCGCGGGAGUCGCUGCAGCUCAUCAAGCGUCUUGGGAACGGACAGUUUGGGGAGGUCUGGAUGGAGAGUGCGGAUGGUUUGUGCUUUAAUUUAACGGCCGAGUGUGUGAACUACAUCCCUGACACUAUGGGCUUGAGUCAUGAUGCCUGGGAGGUCGGCAGAGACACACUUAAGUUGGAAGUAAAGCUGGGGACAGGAUGUUUUGCUGAUGUCUUUUACGGAACGUGGAACGGCACCACUAAGGUGGCUGUGAAGACUCUGAAGCCUGGCACCAUGUCCCCCGAGUCCUUCCUGGAGGAGGCUCAGAUCAUGAAGAAACUCCGCCACGACAAGCUGGUGCAGCUCUACGCCGUGGUGUCUGAGGAGCCCAUUUACAUCGUCACAGAGUACAUGGGCAAAGGAAGCCUGCUGGACUUCUUGAAGGAUGGAGAAGGACGAGGGUUGAAGUUGCCUAACCUCGUGGACAUGGCAGCACAGGUGGCAGCGGGCAUGGCCUACAUCGAAAGGAUGAACUACAUCCACAGAGACCUGCGCUCCGCCAACAUCCUGGUGGGAGACAACCUGGUGUGUAAGAUCGCUGACUUCGGCCUGGCCAGGCUCAUCGAAGACAACGAGUACACCGCUCGCCAAGGUGCAAAGUUCCCCAUCAAGUGGACCGCCCCCGAGGCUGCACUGUACGGGAAGUUCACCAUCAAGUCGGACGUGUGGUCGUUUGGCAUCCUGCUGACGGAGCUGGUCACCAAGGGCCGGGUGCCUUACCCAGGCAUGAACAACCGCGAGGUGCUGGAGCAGGUGGAGCGAGGCUACAGGAUGCCGUGCCCCCAGGACUGCCCCAUCUCAAUGCACGAGCUCAUGCUGCAGUGCUGGAAGAAGGACGCCGAGGAGCGGCCCACCUUCGAGUACCUGCAAGCCUUCUUGGAGGACUAUUUCACAGCCACCGAGCCUCAGUACCAGCCCGGGGACAACCUCUAGACCCCCUGUCUCGCUCGGGGGUCGGCCCGGGGCUGGGGCAGGACUGGCCCAGUCACCGCUGUUACAAAAACUCUGGAGCCUUCCCAGCCAGGCCUUUUUAUUUUCGGGAUCUGUACAGCUUCCUCCGCUCAGCCCGAGCACUUCCAGUUCAAGCACCGACCCCUAAAACCCCACCCCCGGUCUCCGACACGCCCGCCGGGGUCUGCCGAGUACGGAAGGUUGAGGAGGUGGAGGAUGGACGGAGUUAACUGGGGUUGUGUUAAUGCAAUGUAUUCAGUGUAAAUAAGAAAGGCUUGUUUUAGUUUUAUUUGUUAGCUUUAAGAUUUUAUUUUCUCCUGCACAAAAUAAUGACAAACAUGACGGAGGCAAAAGAGGAGAAGCUGAGCAGGCAC